AUGGAUAUUAUGCACUCAACAGCAAAGAAAGGAUUUAGUACUAUUGGCAUGAAUGAACAUUGCAGGAAUGACAUAUACAACCUAUGCUCACGAAAGCCUUACACAAAAGCAAUACAAAUGAUAGAACAUAAGCGUCUAAGGUCAGCAAAUGAAAUCAUUACUGUCAGUGGUUAUGAAAGAACUGUUAGCAAAGAUGAGUGGAAACAGCUAUUCAUAUUAAGGAAGGACGUUGCUGAACUAGUUAAACCUGUUGCACAAACAUUGUUUCAGAUAAGACCAGCAAUGACUAAGAACCCUUUGACCUUAGUCAAUGAGACCAUAGAGGUUGAAGAUAAUGACAUGAAAGAACUAGGAAUGAAUGAGAGAAGUUGUGAAGGAUGUUUGAGUCAAAACACAUGGUUCUUCAGAGCUGUUAAGAAACUUAGUAAAGAACGACAGAAAUAUUUUAUAGAGAAGUAUUGCAAAGGAUGUGUAAAUGAAUUGCUUGAAAUAGAACUUAGAGACACUUUCACACUAAAGGACUUGAGGAGAAAUAAGUACAUGAGUGAAGAAGGUAUUGACAUAGCUAGUGUUAUAAAUGACUUAAGAAGAUGUGUUGUCGUUAUUGACGGAGCACGUAUGACAUAUCUAGUGAAAGAUUAUGAUGGAAUACGAGACACAACAACACUUGUGUCAGUAGAUAGCAAGGAAUUCAAUAAGCUCAUGAAGAGUGUUUAUGUAGGAUGUAUUGAAGAGAAGGAUGUGAACGCACUGAUGAUUUAUGAAGCGGGUCAGAACAAGAACUAUCUUAUGAAGUCAGGCAUGAGAUUCUUUGACGAAAGAGAUGACAUUUACAGCUAUUUCAGAGGAUAUGAGUAUGAGGUACUGAAUGAAGUAGAUGAAAGCAUUAUUGAAGGAUAUUUGAAACAUGUUCAUGAUGUCAUAUGUAAUGAGGAUGAAGAGCUUUAUGAGUAUGUUUUGAACUGGUUCGCCUACAUC